UACAGAAAACAGCUGACCUUAAAGGUGUGGUGUUGUUGGUGUAAUUACAACAGACACAGGCAGCAUCUGAAGACUAUGGAAACGGCAGCCAGGAAACACCACAGACAUAAAUGUAUCCAAGUUACAUUCCACAGAUUCUACACCAUUUUUAAAAGUCAUUCAAUAUCAUUGUUGCACUACAGGCACUACACAAUAAAAAAAGUGUUCCAUCUUUGGAAAAGAGCCACGACCAUUUCAAUGGCAGAGAGUCACCAUCUUGUGCUGAAUAUGAUGAAGUCAUGUGAUCAGUUAAUACUGAGAAGAGCUAUUGCUCAUUGGUUGAAUCAGUUAUGGUUGGUGAGAGAAAGCCAUCGAGCUAACCAAUGGAUGCUCAGACGAUUCUUGAAGAAAUGGCAUCGAAAAUGGCACAACAAAACCGAGUGGCACCAACAUGUUGUGAAGACAAUUCAUUCGCAGAAGAAAUCUAAGAUUCUUAAGCAAUGGCAACGGAAUGUGAAUUGCCGGAAGAAUCAGUGCAUCUCUGCCACAGAACAUAUACAGAAACUGUAUUUAAUGAAACUGUUUGCCAAAUGGAAGAAUUUCAGUCAAAGACAAAAACAGACAAGAUUUUGUCUGAGAUCCCAACAAGAAAAAUGGUGGAAGCGGAUGAAAAUGGUUUGCUUUGAAAACUGGAGAUGUUUCUUUAUCAAGAGGCUUCAAGCUAAACUGAUCCACCAAUGUUGGUCCUACAUGUGUGUACGGAAGGCCAUUAAACACUGGAAAGAACUUCACCACCAGGUGGCAUUGGAGAAAUUCGCAAAUCACUAUAAAUCUGUACAGAAAAAUCUACAGCUGAGAGCCUGUUUUAAGAGAUGGACAUCCACACUUCAGAAGGUUUAUGAAGAGAAAGAAGAAGCGAAACAAGCUGAAAAGAUGCUGCAAGAUAAACUGGUCCAUUUUAUUUUCCUUCAGUGGUACAGGAUGAGUUUGAACUCACAAACCUCAAAACCACUGCUGUUACGUUACCACAACAAACUACUGGCCAGAGUUACCAAAUCUUGGCACCAACUGAUUAUUCGGAAGCACCAGUGCUCAGACAAUUCCCUGUUAGUCUACAGAUCUCAACUGUCAAAAUAUUUCACCAGGUGGCGGAGGCUGCACGUGGUGUACGACUGCGAGAGGUGCAUCAAAGAAAGGAAGAACAAACUCGCCCUACAGCAAUGUUUUUCUGGAUGGAAACAGGUCAUUAAUAGAAGACAGCUGGCAUCGCAUUUCCAUCGGAAGUCUCUCUUACGGAGAUUCAUCACUUGGCGGAGAAGAGCUCAGCAGAAAAUACGGAAGAAGAUUCUGCUUGAGGCUGAAAUGAGACGCAAUGUGUUACACCAAAAAACAUUCUUUAACCAAUGGAGGUGGAAUGUAAAGAGAUGGAAAAGUGCCAGAAGUGAGGCAUUAAUUAACAUUGAGAAGUUAAUUAAGAAAAACCAAAUGACUGGUGCCUUUGACACCUGGAGGAGAGCUUUGUCUAAUUUAUUAUUGGCCAGAGAUUACAAUAACUGCUACCAGAUGGCAUUGGUGAGACAGAUCUUAAUGGAGUGGCACAGUUAUACAGAGAAGGUCUUCACCAAAGCAGUCAUUCGCUUACAGAUGUCUCUACAAAUGGAUACCUGGUUAUGUGGCAGCACAGAAUUGCAGUUAUUGGAUAGUUCUGACUAUGAGAGCCAGGAUGGUUUAGAAGUUCUGGAGGAAGGACAGCCUGAACAACUAGAGGAUGGUGCCAGUCCAGGGACUUUCAUGAAGUACAAGUCAGUAUCAUUUGAUGUAUAUUUUUAUGUAAAUAUAUUGAAUUAA